AUGGCCGGAGGUGCUGCCGGAGGGUUUGUUACCCGGGCAUUUGAAUCAAUGCUCAAAGAAUGUUCUGGGAAAAAGCAUAAUUCUAUACAGACUGCAAUCCGAGCUUAUCUAGAUAGUGCAAAAGCGGCCAAUCAAGAGGCAGCAUCAAAUAAUAACAAUAAAACGACCUCCUUAAGUAAAGAUAAGAGUGAUGAUGGGACUGCAAGAACUGAAGCGGCAGCCUCAGGUGGAGGAAUCACGAAGAUGUUGGCAAAUGCUGGCCAUUCUUUGGAAGGAGCUCAGUUGGAACUCGUCCUUAAUCCACUUCGACUUGCAUUUGAAACCAAGAAUCCAAAAGUCAUUGAACUCGCAUUGGAUUGUAUUCAUAAACUCAUUGCCUACGACCAUCUGGAGGGUGAUCCUGGUCUGGAAAAUGGUAAAAACGUUCCGCUCUUCACAGACAUAUUAAACAUGGUCUGCAGUUGUAUUGAUAAUAACUCACCCGACAGUACAAUUCUUCAAGUCUUGAAAGUGCUACUUACUGCUGUAUCAUCCACCAAAUUCAGAGUUCACGGGGAACCAUUGCUGGGGGUAAUUAGAGUGUGCUAUAAUAUUGCUCUUAACAGUAAAAGCCCUAUCAACCAAGCUACAUCCAAGGCUAUGUUAACUCAAAUGAUCAGCAUAGUAUUCAGGCGAAUGGACACUGACUCGGUGUCUUCAGAUGGUCCACCUGUAAAUAAAAGAAAUGAUUCAUCCAUGAAAAUUGAAGAAAUUUCAUCAGCUGAUGACGAUGGUCAAAUGCUGACUCCCACCGCCAACAGCACUUCUAUUGCAUCUCUUGAAGAACUUCAGAAUCUUGCCGGUGGGAACGACAUAAAGGGCUUGGAGGCAGCUCUUGACAAGGCUGUGCAACUUGAAGAUGAUGGAAAGCCUAGCGGGUUUGAUCCUGAGAGCUUGAGCAUUGUAGAACGUGAUGCAUUACUCGUUUUCCGCACCCUUUGCAAGAUGGGUAUGAAAGAAGAUAGUGAUGCAGUUACCACAAAGACACGGAUUCUAUCGCUUGAACUUCUACAGGGCUUGCUAGAGGGGGUUAGUCACUCAUUUACUAAGAACUUCAAUUUCAUUGACUCGGUGAAAGCUUACCUAUCAUAUGCGUUAUUGAGAGCAUCGGUUUCACAAUCCCCAGCAAUAUUUCAGUAUGCAACUGGAAUCUUCACGGUGCUUUUGUUGAGAUUCAGGGAAGGCCUUAAGAUUGAAAUUGGCAUCUUCUUUCCUCUGAUUGUUUUGCGAUCUUUGGAUAGCUCAGAAUGUCCACUGAACCUCAAAUUAAUGGUGAUUCGGAUGCUGGAGAAAAUUUGCAAGGAUCCUCAGAUGCUUAUUGAUCUAUAUGUGAACUAUGAUUGUGAUCUUGAGGCUCCUAAUUCGUUUGAAAGAAUGGUUACGACUCUUUCCAAAAUAGCCCAAGGGACACAAGAUUUGGAUCCUAACUCUGUUAACACUAUCCAAACUGGAACACUUAAAGGAUCGUCACUUCAGUGCCUCGUGAAUGUCUUAAAAUCACUUGUUGAUUGGGAGAAGUUACGUAGAGAAUCAAAACAGAAUAAAGACGAACAAUCUAUUCAUGAAGAUGUUCCAUCUGGCGAUUCAAACGCAAAAGAAAGCAACGGCUUAGCGAAUAACUUUGAGAAAGUGAAGGCUCAAAAGUCUACCAUGGAAGCAGCCAUCUCCGAGUUCAACCGCCAUCCUGCAAGGGGUAUUGGAUUUCUCACAGCAAAUAGGUUGGUUGAUAAUACACCAGCUUCGGUUGCACAAUUUCUCAGAAAUACUUCCAGUUUGGACAAGGCUAUGAUUGGUGCUUACUUGGGUCAACAUGAGGAGUUUCCCCUUGCUGUAAUGCAUGCUUAUGUUGAUUCAAUGAAAUUCUCUGGAAUGAAAUUUCAUACUGCUAUUCGUGAAUUUCUCAAAGGCUUCAGGCUUCCCGGGGAAGCACAGAAGAUAGAUCGUAUAAUGGAAAAAUUUGCAGAGCGUUACUGUGCAGAUAAUCCAGGUCUUUUCAAGAGUGCAGAUACUGCUUAUGUUCUUGCAUAUGCAGUUAUAAUGUUAAACACUGAUGCUCAUAAUCCAAUGGUGUGGCCUAAAAUGUCCAAAGCUGAUUUUGUGCGAAUGAAUGCCACAAAUGAUCCUGAAGAAUGUGCACCAACAGUACUUUUGGAGGAAGUAUAUGAUUCCAUCGUUAAGGAAGAGAUAAAAAUGAAGGAUGAAACUGUUGGUAUGGGAGAAAGUAGGCAAAAACCAGAAACAGAAGGUGGCAUUGUUGGUAUACUUAAUUUGGCUCUCCCCAAACUGAGAAGUCACUCUGACACACAGUCUGAGAGCGAAGCCAUCAUUAGAAAAACACAGGAAAUCUUCAGGAACCAAGGAGCAAAAAGGGGCACAUUUUAUACGUCACAACGGAUUGAGCUCAUAAGACCGAUGGUUGAAGCUGUAGGGUGGCCUUUGCUUGCUACAUUUUCUGUAACGAUGGAGGAAAGAGAACAUAAGCCUAGAGUAAUUGUUUGUAUGGAAGGUUUCAAAGCAGGAAUUUACAUUACACACGUCCUUAGAAUGGAUACCAUGCGAUAUGCUUUUUUGACAUCACUGGUCAGAUUCACUUUCUUGCAUGCUCCCAGAGAUAUGCUUGGUAAAAACGUUGAAGCCUUACGGACUCUGCUGGAUCUAUGUGACUCAGAGCCCGAUACGCUUCAAGAUACCUGGAAUGCGGUUCUGGAAUGCAUAUCUCGACUAGAAUAUACCACAUCUAAUCCUGCUAUUGCUGCUACUGUGAUGCAUGGACAUAACCCAAUCUCUAAGGAGGUGGUUAUUCAAUCUCUUAAAGAGUUGGCUGGGAAACCAUCUGAGCAAGUUUUUCUAAACAGUGUUAAACUCCCUAGUGAAUCGGUGGUGGAAUUUUUUACUGCUCUUUGUAACGUCUCAGCUGAAGAAUUGAAGCAGAACCCAGCUCGUGUUUAUAGCUUGCAAAAACUUAUGGAGAUCAGUUACUACAAUAUGGCUCGUAUACGCAUGGUAUGGGCUAGAAUAUGGUCCAUCCUUGCUAAUCACUUUAUUGCUGCUGGGAGCCAUCAUGAUGAGAAAAUUGCAAUGUAUGCCAUAGAUUCUCUAACACAACUCGGAAUAAAAUACUUGGAGCGAGCAGAACUUGCCAAUUUCACAUUCCAGAAUGAUAUCUUGAAACCAUUUGUUAUCCUGAUGCGGAAUAGUCGGAGUGAAUCAAUUCGAAAAUUGAUUGUUGAUUGCAUUGUUCAGAUGAUAAAAUCAAAGGUUGGAAGCAUUAAAUCUGGUUGGAGAAGUGUAUUCAUGGUUUUUACAGCUGCCGCCAAUGAUGAGUUAGAAUCAAUUGUGGAAAGUGCUUUUGAAAAUGUAGAACAAGUUAUACUGGAGCACUUUGAUCAAGUAGUCGGUGACUGUUUUAUGGACUGUGUCAAUUGCCUCAUUAAUUUUGCCAACAGUAAAAGUUCUCAUCAUAUCAGUUUGAAAGCAAUUGCACUUCUCCGCAUAUGUGAGGAUCGACUUGCAGAGGGACUCAUACCAGGUGGUAGCUUAAAACCCAUUAAUACCAGCGUAGAUACAACUUACGAUGUUACUGAACAUUAUUGGUUCCCGAUGCUGGCUGGUUUAUCUGACCUCACAUCUGAUCCACGACCUGAGGUCAGCAAGUGCGCACUGGAGGUUUUGUUUGAUUUGUUGAAUGAGAGAGGAAGCCAUUUCUCACCGACAUUUUGGGAGAGUAUUUUCUACCGAGUUCUUUUUCCUAUUUUUGAUCAUGUGAGGGACGCGGGAAAAGAAACUACAGCUUCUCGAGAUGGAUGGCUUCGUGAAACUAGUGUUCAUUCACUGCAGUUGUUAUGUAACCUCUUUAACACAUUUUACAAGGAGGUAUGUUUCAUGCUGUCUCCUCUUCUAAACUUAUUGGUAGAUUGUGCCAAGAAGACUGAUCAGUCAGUGGUCUCCAUAUCACUUGGUGCAUUGGUCCAUCUUAUAGAAGUUGGAGGAAACCAAUUCAUUGGCGCUGACUGGGAUACCUUGUUGAAGAGCAUAAGGGAUGCUACUUACACCACUCAACCCCUCGAGCUACUCAAUGCUUUGAGUCUUGAAAGCACCAAGACUCGCUCCGUUAUGGGUGGAAGCUUAAAUGUUCAAGCAGAUGAUAGUCCCUCGGUUGUCUCUGCUGGUGGUGAGCCACUUAAUUUUAUGUCCAAUCAAGAAGAUAGACCAUCAGCGGAUCCACAUGAAUCGGAAGGUCAAACUCCUUCAUCUGAAAACGUUGAAAAAUCUCCAGGUGGGGCAAGUUUGCGACGUAGUCAAACGAUUGGUCAAAAACUAAUGGGAAACAUGAUGGACAACCUCCUUGUUAGAAGUUUCACCUCUAAGCCUAAGAACACGGUUUUAGAUGCCAUAAUACCAGCUUCCCCAGCCAAGUCUCCUGACGAGGAGCGUGAAUCUGGAGAUGCAGUAGAAAGUCCAUAUAUGGGAACAAUAAGGAGCAAAUGCAUAACUCAACUGCUACUACUAGGGAUCCUUGAUAUGAUCCAGAAAAAAUACUGGAGCAAGUUGAAGGGUCAUCAAAAGAUUGCAAUUCUUGAAAUUUUAUUCUCGAUGUUAGAGUUUGCAGCAUCAUAUAAUUCGUACACAAAUCUCAGCUUACGGAUGCAACACAUUCCUCCUGAAAGGCCUCCAUUAAAUCUUCUUCGACAGGAAUUAACUGGGACUUGCAUUUACUUAGAAGCGUUACACAAGACAACUUCGGGAAUUACUUCAAACCAUAAUGGAGAGCUUAAAACAAGUGAUUCACUUGAUGAAGAUGUUAAAACUAAUGCAGAAGAAAAGCUUGCGUCAUUUUGCGGACAGGUACUCAAAGAAGCAUCCGAUUUCCAGAUGAGUAUUGGAGACAAUACCAAUAUGGAGGUUCAUCGAGUUCUAGAACUGCGUUCGCCAAUCGUUGUUAAGGUGCUGAAGGGAAUGUGCUCAAUGGACAACCAGAUAUUCAGGAGACACCUCAGAAGUUUCUACCCUUUGAUCACGAAGCUCGUGUGCUGUGAUCAGAUGGAUGUUCGUUGCGCUCUAGCUGAUCUUUUCAGCAUGCAGUUACAUGGAUUGUUGCAGUAG